ACGGGGACCAGCGUACCCAACUUGCGUCCUGGUCAUAUCCGUAGGCACAUUCGAUGCGACUGUAGCCCUGACUCCUAGGCCUUGUCCGCGGCCGGAUCGUUUUCAAGCACUAUGCUUUUCAUGUUCUCUUUGUCUCUGUUCGGCUCUCUCGUGCUCUGCUGUCUGUUCUUCCCAUCACUGUGGGCAACAAUCACGGGCGGGGAGGAGUUGCUGGAUGCGCAUGAGACUGGGAUUGCCUUGGUCGCCUCUCGUACUCCAUUCCGCGAGACCGGUCCACCGGCAUGUAUGGCUAAGUUGAUCAUGAUGAGACAUAAGAUCAACCAGGACAAGACACGGCGACGUUGCAGUCGCUCCCGUCAAGCAUCAUAUACAUACCCUAUCUCUCCUUCCCGUCCGGCACGCGACUCUCCUUGGAUACGGUUUGGGAGAAUACGUGGAAAGCAGAACUACUAAUGCGUCUAUUGUUCACCUUGUCCCGCAUACCGAGGUUCCACUAUACCCAGAAUUAGAGUACUAUUGACUUAGGAGGUUCUGAAGGAUUAAUGUCUGAUCGCACGACGCGUCUGGUGAAAGUUCGUGACUGCUCUCAGCUUGGGUAUGCUUGCUGGUUAUUUAUGAUAUGGAUUCAAUUUACAAGAGUUGCGGUAACUAGAACACUGAGAAUCUAUCACGGAUGUUUCUUCGUCGCGAAGCCCG